UCCCUCCUCCUCCCCCCACACCUCCACCCCCUCCCCCGUGCGCGUGGAGCGGCAGCGAGGUGGGCGCCGUUAAAACCGCCUCGCCGCGCCCGCGCGGCCCCAAUGCCACGAAUGGAGCGACUGACGCGGUCCGAUCGCCCACCGCAGGUGCCCAUCGCCGGGCCUCGCCAGCCUGGGGUCAUCACAUAGAGGAGGAGGAAGAGGAGGAGAGACGAGUGGAUCCUUCUCGGCGCGGGUGGUCCGUGCGCGGCCACGUCCCUGGGAUGAUGGCCUUCAUCAAGCAAGCGCCCUACCCGAUGAACGGCAUGGGCCUCUCAGCGGCCGGGAUGGAACUCUUCCACUCGGCCGUGGGGUUCCCAGCGCCGCCGCGCAAGCAGCGUCGCGAGCGCACGACGUUCACGCGAGCGCAGCUCGACGUCCUCGAGUCGCUCUUCUCCAAGACGCGCUACCCCGACAUCUUCAUGCGCGAGGAGGUGGCGCUCAAGAUCAACCUGCCCGAGUCGCGCGUGCAGGUGUGGUUCAAGAACCGGCGCGCUAAGUGCAGGCAGCAGCAGCAGCAGGCCGCGUCGGGCGGGGGGCCCGCGAAGCCGCGGCCCCCCAAGAAGAAGAGCGCCCCCCAAGACGGCACCCCAGAUGGGGGGGGGCCCAGCCGCUUCUCCCCCGCGGCCGGCGGCACGGGCACCAGCACCAGCGGCACCACCACCACGAGCAGCGGCAGCGGCAGCAACAACGGCGGCCACAACCACAGCCACAACCACGGCGGCACGAACGGCGCGGGGGUGAUGGGGGGUGGCGUGCCGUCGGCGGGGACCCCCGCGUCCAUAUGGAGCCCCGCGCCCGUGUCCCCGGGACUCGACCCCCUCGGCCUGGGGGCCCUGGGUCUGAGCGGCGCCGGGGGAGCGGGCGGGGCCGGGGGGUCCCUGGGGGUGAACGGCGGGGGCCACCACCACUCCUCCUCCGUGCAGGGAGGCUCCCCCUGCACCGUGCAGCAGCAGCAGCGCGUUUCCUACGGCGCCAUGGGGCCUUUCGUGCAGAGCGGGGGGUACGGCCCCCCGCAGGGCUACACGGCGGCCUCCUACUACGGCGUGGAGUGCGGGGGCGGGGGAGGCGGCGGGGGAGGCGGCGGGCCCUACCUGCCGGCCAUGACCCUGCCCAGCCACAGCGCCGGGCUGAGCCCCCUCUCGGCGGCCGCGUCGUCGGGGUUGGGGGUCGGGGCCCUGGGCCAGGUGUCCCCCCACGCCGCGCCGCUGCCCCCGCAGUGCUACGGCUUCGCGGGGGGCGACUACCUGGACUACAAGGAGCAGAGCGCCUCCUGGAAGCUCAACUUCAGCGCGGCCGAGUGCCUGCAGGACUACAAGGAGCAGCCGGGCGCCGCGUGGAAGUUUCAGCCGUUGUGAGCCGCGCGCAGCGCCCUGCGGUCGCCACGGCUGACGCCGCCGCCGCCGCCGUACAGACUAGAAGAGUGCGACUCGACUCCGCACGCGGAGCUCGCGUGAUGAAGCCGUGCGCGUGAAUUUAAUUCCCGGACAACGACGACAAAGACGACGACGAUCGAAUGUGCCGAGUCGCCUCGCUGCGCCGAUGAUCCCCCGGUGCUGGCGGUGAUUGGAUCGGGACCUCCGCGUGUCUUCGUAGAGAUUCGGACGUGGAUGAAGAAGCAUUUGGCGUCGUCAAGACGUCGACGGCUUCGUUCUUCAUCGCCAAUCGCCACGUGAACCGCCAGGCGCGCCGUGGCGGUCGAAACGGCCCGGCUCUUAUCUCGAAGCUAUGCGCAGCAGUGGCAGCAGCGGCUGCCCGACACGAAUUGGAAUCUUCCUUCGUUCUAGAGAAAGAGAGAUGAAGCACAAUCAGAGUUAGACAUCUUGCCGGGGGGGGGGGGGGAAGCAGGGGGUGGGGGGCCCUUUGUGACGUCACUGCACACGGUGGCGUCUGGAAGUCAAUUUAAAGUCGUCGUCGUUGUUGUAUUCUUCGCAGAAUCAGAAUCUUUAUUUAGAAUGGAGGAAUCCGAUGAGCUGUGAAGCUCUUCUUUUUUGUUCACAGACGUUUCAUGAACCGGAGGCUUCAAACUGACUUCGGUCAGCCGAGUCGGCAGGCAGCUCCGAUGAGACGAACUCGUCGAUUUAAAAACUCUCUCAGCGUUGCGUCCACGAUCGCUCGCUCAGCGCGUGGAGUCGCGCGCGCCAGACGCGAAUCGUUUCCCCGUUGCUGGCAAACGGCAAAAUCUCCACACCCGGCUAAUCCUCACGGUUCUGCAUCAUUUGAGCAGCGUUGAUUCGGCGCAAGCAAACUCUGCGCCGCUUUCGACUCGCCGUGCCUCGUCAGCAGAUUCGGGCUUGCUCUGCGUCAACGCUGGUGUAGGAUAUCAAUAGAGCGUCGCCGGUGAUUACUGUGUGUUGUGUUGUAGAGUUGUACGUCAAACGAGGGACCCGCAUCUUUAAGAGAGGGUCCCCUCCCUAUAAACCGUCUGCCAGUUCGCCAGCGUUGAUUUCAAGCGAGCGCGACUGCCGAUGAGACACCGUGUCGCGAAACCGCUGCCGGAGCAUUUCUUGCGCCGAGUCGACGCUGCUGAUGUUGCGCCCUUCUAAAGGGGACCGCGAGGCCGAUGGGACGUGUAAAAAAACAACAAUCUGUACGAGUGGGGGGGGGGGAGAGCUGCAGCAGAGACUAAGACCCCGCGCCACGUUUGGCUCCGCGCUUCACGCGGAUAAAUUCCAUCUCCCGGGGGGAAGUCCAGGCGAUCGUGUCUGCUGUCCGGUCACAAACAGGAACGCGCUCCUGCUGCUGCACGGCCUGGGCAUCUGGAGAAGCGUUGCCGCCUCCCACAACCGCUCCUCCUCUCCCCCUAUAUUGUGCAUCACGUGGCAUUUUAAAACGAUGUAAGAAGUAGCUCUGUAAUGUCCGUUUCCGCGAGCCCGAUGUCGAACGCGGGGGUGAGGGGGUGGGGAUAAUCGAUGUUUGAAGUCGCGGCGCCGUGCCCCCUACCGGCCGAUGUUCCUGCGCUCAAUUCUCAGGGCAACGACAUUUCGUCCGUCUCUCUUUUCGUUUGAAAUCGUGCGGCGUCAAUUAAUUUUUGUUCAUAUUAUUGUCCCCCUACGCUCACGUAAGUGUUGUAUCUUCACUCACACACCCUCGUAUCUAUUUCGACUACUACUCGUGUUAGUGCUGUUCGUUGCUGGUCGCUUAACUUUUUUAUGGGAAGGUGCUCAGCAGAAAAACAGGGCGAUCCAUUUAUAGACACCCCACUCAAAUGACCGCGGCCCACUUAAUAGAGAAGUCUACGUUUGAUUGAAGAUCCUCUUGCUAACGAGUCUCCCACCAACCUCCGCAACGCCGUCGUGUCGAUCUCCCCAUGGCUCUCCUCCUUUGCGAAGACGCCGAGACGUCGCUGUUUCACGAUUACUCACUGUCGAGAAGAUGGAGGGAUGGGUGCAUUCGAAAUCAAUGGGGUAACUCUAAAUGGAUCGCCGUGCAGUCCACACACACACACUACACACGCGCGCGAUGGAUACAAAAACUUCACGAGUCUGGUAUCCAACAGUAUUAGCAUCAUUAUUAUUAUGAAUACUCUUUUGUGCAAACGCCAAGAAAUGUCGAUGGAAAGGUGACGCGCGCGCCAAAUUAUAAUCCCACCGCUCCGUCGGAGGCACGGGCAGUGAAGUCCACCACCACGAUCGACACGUGCUCGUCGUGCCUGUUAUUAGACGGAUUGGUUUUUUAACGUAAUUAAUGUUUGCGUUCGCUUUUAAAGUCCGUUCUAACAUUCCGCAUGAGUUCCGCAUGAAGCCGUUUGUCACAGGCCAAAGUGCGAUCCAUCGCAUCGGAUGCCGCGCUAAAUGUUCGUCACCGGACAUUCCACAUUGCUAUGACGGGAGCCGGUCUGUCCGUGGAGUGUAAAAAAAAAACGUGUAGAGGCGCAGCCCUGUAAUAGCUCGCGCGCACCACCAGAGCGAGCGCUACAGAGCCCCUCGCCAGGGUAUGUUGGCCUACUUUUCCACCCCACCACCUCGAUCGAUCAAAUGUAUCCCCCCCCACCCCUCCCCCGUCAAUAAUCUUCGAGGGAGUCACCAGGUGCGGACCGCAAUCCUCACCGGUCCACGCGAAUCGACUGCCGCGUGUUCUCGGCGCGUCACGAAUACUCCGUAACAAACAAAAACAAAUUAACCGGCUCGCGCGUCUAAUAAAAUCCACGAUUUGUGAUUUUUUGUUUGAAAAAUGUACACGCGUCCCAUGUUAUCAUCGCGUGCCAAACGGACAGCACCGCUCGCGAUGAGAGCGGUGGACCCGAGAGGCACGGGGAACGCCACCACGCAGGAGGGGACUCUAGAAUCGUUCCCGACGCGCGAGAGCCGCGCCGUGGAAGCCGCCCGCGACGUCUUGGGCGCGCGAGUCACGAGGGUGGAGGGAGCUCUCGCUAGGAAAAUCCUCGUCGGCGUCAGCGUCGUCAGCGUCGGUGGUGGAGUAACAACGACAAAGUCUGCGCAGGGGGGGGCGGCAAUCGGUCAGGUGGGCCCCCCCCACCACCCCAAUAUGAUUCGUCUCGCACGCUCGCACCGAGAGGCGAUUCCACAUCGCGGCUCCGCUGGCCCUGGUCACGUCAUUACCGGCGAAACGUCACGGCGCUGGAAUUGUAAUUGCCGUGGGUUUACCCUCCAACGCCACUACCGGCGUGCUGAACUAGCAACGAAUUGUCACGUUUACGUGACAAGCCUUACGAAUUGGCUGUGUCGGGUGGUGGCGGGGCUUAACGACACAUUUUUACGCGAUCUAACCCCAAACAAAACCUCUGGAUAAUAUUGGUCGAGAAAGCCCUCCGUGUUAAACUCGCAUCGUCACGCUCACGGUCUCGGACAUUUACCGCUGUGGGGGCGCUUUGCCGUCGCAAAAAGCAGCCGCGACCGGCUCCGCUCGCCUCCCCGGUUACACGGCGACAACAACAGAGACACAAACACGCGAUGCGCAAAUAUUCAGAGGCCAAACGUUACCGCCGCUCUAAUAAAAUUUUAAAUAAAACGUGGAAGGUAAAUGUUUGAACAUUUACAUCAACACAUUUAAAUUUCAACCGCGUUUUUUAAGUGCUUUCUUUUACACUUGUUGAAAACAUCUCUCUUGGUGAGUGUCACGGGGCCCAAACUCUCAGCUUUGGUGACGGGGGGGGGGGCAAGGCACCCCCCGCCUGCUCCACGCUCGCUCCGCUACCUGUGUGUGUGGGGGGGGGGGUAAUGCGUUGAUUCGGUGCAGUGCGAGUGGAGCUGCCUCUGUACACUUGGACUACGACUGUAAUUGUUAUAUUUUAAUCUCACCGCUAUGGGAACAAUGCUCUCGCCAAGAUGCAAAGUUGCCGAUUCGGGGAUCCCAACAAUAGCAUGUUAAUUAUUGAUUACAAUCCACGAGGUUAAUUGAUAACGACCAGGUUUACUUAGCGGCGAUUAGUAACGUGGGAUUUUUAAAUCCUUUCCUCCUGAUGGGUAAACAAGCCGUGCUGUGUUCUUGUGCUCAGCGCUAUCGGGAUCCCGGGGCCGCUCUUGCAGCCUCGCUUCUACUGGACAUCUGCGGACAAAGAGCUUUAUAGCUCAUCGGAUUCCUCCAGUAUAAUUAAAUAUGAUGAUUCUGUCUCGACGACGCCAGUUUUAUGCUUCGCUGAUAAUGAAAAAAAAACACUUUAAAGUUACGAUCCAUAAUCGAGGUGUUCGGGUUCGAUCGCGGAUUGUAAUUGUUACGCUUGACGACACAAUAUAAAUGCGUCGUUAAACCCGCCACCACCCGACACACUUAUUAUAUUCACGCAAUCUCACCCAAAAUCCUCUCUUAUGGAUAAUGUUGGUCGCGAAAGGCCGACUGCGUGUUUAAAGUUACGGCUGCCCACGUGGCGCUGUGAUGGCGUCACUGAGACCGAAUUCGUGGAUUGAACACGUGCGCAGUUACGUCACAAUGGGACGCUUUGUGAGUAACUUCCAACACCUUCUUGCUUCUUUCGGUAAAGUCACGUAGAAUGGAAAGAACCACGAAGAUGAAUCCCUGCAGUCACGACAGCUUCAAAUCGAAACUUCGAACCGCUUUCCACUUUUUCCCCCUACCGAUAAACGAAGCCCAAACGCGUGCGGGACAGAGCGGCGUCGCUCGUGCGUCAUCAUCCGUAGGCCCUCACGUGACUAUCACUUGCAGCAUACACAUGUACAGUACACUUGCACAGGUGUACUGUACACUGUACAGGUGCACAGUUCACUGUACAGGCGCGCAAUACACUGUACAGGCGUGCAAUACACUGUACAGUACACUGCACAGGUGCACAGGACACUGCACAGCACACUGUACAGUACACUACAGGUGUACAGUAGACUGUACAGGUGUAUAUUACACUGUACAGGUGUAUAGUGCACUGUGCAGGUGUACAGUGCACCGUGCACUGUACAGGUGUACCUGUCCACGUGCAAGAUGAAAGUAUUCGGCCCCACGGCCUUGUGGAAGUGAAUACGCUCAUCAGCAGUGACUCGGUACAAACAAAACUCUGGACCGGUUUCGACAUUCCGUGUCUCAACGGGGUUGUGACCCGGAGUCGAAGAUGCCCGUCGCUCCACUCCAUCGGCCUGUGUUGAGUUUUUCAAGAUGCACCCAUCACCCCAUCACAGCAUACGACUCUGUUUGUUUCAUUUGCAUUGCUCCAUCUCGCCUGCAUUGCUCCAUCUCGUUUGUAAUCUACUUCUCGCCGUAACCCUGAAUGCAAAUGUGCAAUGUAAGUUGCAUUAACGCGUAAUCGAAUAGCCGAAUUCUCUCGAUAUCGUGGCGUGGAAAUCGAUUUGAACGGUGCGCCAAUCGACGAUUCGUUUACACGCUUCAAUUUACUCCGCGGAAUAAUUACAAAUGAACCGGUACGCGGGACUGUCUGCACACGAUUACACACACAUGCGUGCGGUGUGCACGUGCGUGCGGUAAAGCGAGGAACACGUGUCAAGCACCUGCGGUACUCCAUUUAAUGCCGAGUCGACCGAGAGGAGACCCAGGAUCAAAUUUCCGACUUUGUGCCCCGGUGUUGGCCGCGAGCGAAAAUCGAACUCGGAUCUCCCACGUCGCAACGCGGUGCGCUCACCACUCCACCACCGCUCCCCACACACACACGCGCGGUGGCAUCGACGAACGAUGAGCGGGUCGCCCUGGCAGCUUUACGUGAAACGAAGACUUCUCAGAGUGAACCGCGAAGAGGGAAAGUCCCUCGCGGCCGCGCGUUCCCGGCGGUCCGUCACGGGGUGAGGACGACGUCCGCGCAAACCACGAGGCACCGACGCGCGCCCAGCGUGCGUGGGGGUCUCGUUACUCCGCACCCCCCCCCCACCACCAUGGAACGCGCUGAGGAUUCUCGGGGAUCAAGCCCCCCCCCACCGCCCCUCUGGACGGUGUUUGCGAGCGACUCUUCCCCGCGUCGGCUCUCGACUCGAACACUGCGUAACACGGGGACAGAGAGAGAGGCACUCUGUGCGAUCCGCCCUGUCCGUGAGCUUUCAAUGUCUUAGAAGUCAAACAAAAAAAAUGAGAACGUGAUUAAG